GGAAAAGGAAAGCUAAAUAAUCCGACAAAAACAAACCGUCUUCUCUCCCUAUGACUCAUCACUCUGCAUUAUAGUCUUCUAAUCCUCUCUUGACGCAGCAGAAUCUUCUCUCUUCUCUCAUUUCGAAGACGACGAAACAAAUCUCCAAGGAAAAAGUAUAACUGUUGCCUUCUUCAAUGCAUUAAGUGAGCAUUUCCCAAUACUCUUUCCUCUCUCUCUUAAUUUAAAACUUAUUUUGACUUGAUUCUCGCCGGUGGAGUUUGUUCGCCGGCGCAUUUUGUCGGAGGUUAAACUCUUCAUUGCCUUCCCCUUCUUUUUUUUCCUUCUAUAUUCUCUGGAUCUUUCGUUUUCGCUUUCGUCAGCUUCAAGUGUUCAAAGAAAAACCGUCUUUAAGACCUUUUUUCUUUUUUUUUUGACGUUGAAGAUCUUUUGACAAAAGAAAAGCUCUAACAACCUGAAGAAUCUUUUUGAUUCGUAUCUUAACGACUCUUUUUUUUUUUGGUUUGUUUCCUUUUGUCGUCGCAGUCAAGUCUCGCUUCACUCUCUCAUGAUUCAAUUACUCAGCUGAAUCUCCCAAUCUCCUUGUACCGGCCUCUGAUUUGGCAUCGGAAUACAACAAUGUCGCCGUCCAAGAACUCCGAUCCAAUUCUCUAAUUCAAGGAACUUUCGAGUAGAAUCCAAGAACAAAUGUCUCACUCAUGGGAUGGACUCGGAGAAAUCGCGUCAGUAGCUCAGCUCACGGGCCUAGACGCAGUCAAACUCAUAGGUCUCAUCGUCAAAGCCGCGAACACCGCGUGGAUGCACAAGAAGAACUGUCGCCAGUUCGCUCAACACCUCAAACUCAUCGGCAAUUUGCUUGAGCAGCUCAAGAUCUCUGAGCUGAAGAAGUAUCCAGAGACUCGUGAGCCUCUCGAAGGUCUCGAGGAUGCUCUGAGGAGGUCUUAUAUUCUCGUUAAUAGUUGCCGUGACCGGAGCUAUCUCUACCUGUUGGCUAUGGGUUGGAACAUUGUUUACCAGUUUAGGAAGGCUCAGGAUGAGAUUGAUCGCUUUCUCAAGAUCAUUCCUCUCAUCACUUUGGUUGAUAACGCUCGUGUUAGAGAGAGGUUAGAGUAUAUUGAUCGUGAUCAGUUUGAGUAUACUUUGGAUGAGGAGGAUAGACAUGUGCAAGAUGUUAUUUUGAAGCAAGAAUCGACUAGAGAAGCAGCGACUGUGUUGAAGAAGACUCUCUCUUGCUCAUACCCUAACUUGCGUUUCUGUGAUGCUCUUAAAACUGAGAACGAGAAACUGCAGCUCGAGCUUCAGCGUUCUCAGGAGCAUUAUGAUGUGGCGCAGUGUGAAGUUAUUCAGCGUUUGAUUGGUGUUACUCAAACUGUUGCUGAGGUUGAUGGCGGCUCUGAGAAGGAGAUGUCCAAGAAAGCUUCCAAAAAGGCUGACCGUAGUGUUAGUCAUAAGACUGAGUAUUCGUAUGAGGAAGAUCCUCCCAUGAAAAGCACUAGUCGUGCAGCUUCUAGAUCCACUUCUUCUGUUACAUCGGGGCAGGAUAUGCUUUCACGAAGAGCAUCACUGCACCAUGAGGAAUGGCAUACCGACUUACUGGCUUGUUGCGCCGAGCCUUCUCUUUGUGAGUCCCUCUUCUUGAAAGAUUAUUGGCGUUCCACAUUCCAUACGUUCUUGUUUUCUGGAAAUUGUGAAUCAUUUGAUGAUGGAACCGCAGGCUUGAAGACAUUUUUUUUCCCGUGUGGUACUUUGGCAAAGAUUGCCACUGCAGCAACUAACAGGCAUAUCUCUUCAGCUGAAGCAUGUAAUGAGCUAAUGGCAUAUUCUUUGAUACUUUCGUGUUGCUGCUACACUUGUUGUGUAAGGAGGAAACUCCGGAAAACACUCAACAUUACGGGAGGGUUCAUUGACGAUUUUCUAUCUCAUUUUAUGUGUUGUUGCUGUGCUCUAGUCCAAGAACUGCGAGAAGUUGAGAUUCGUGGGGCUUAUGGUACGGAGAAGACGAAAAUAAGUCCGCCUUCGUCGCAGUUCAUGGAACAUUGAAUUCAUAUUCAAUUAAAUACAAAAAGGUGAACUAAACAACGCUAUGUUGUCUCUCUGAACAUGACACGAGAUUCUUCUUCGUGCUACUUUCUUACUGUCUUUUGUCUUCAACCGCUUCUCGCAUGUAAAUUAGUUUUGGAUUCCCAUGGAAAUUUCAGUAAUUGUGUUGUGCAUGAUAGACUAUAGACUAAAACUAAUUCUAUCCUUUUACUUUGAUCAUAUGAUAUAUGAUAGUGUUACGAUUAAGGGUUUCUUAGAUGUUACACAUCCAAGAUGAAGAAUGCAUUAGAUGUU